AUUUGCAGAAUAUGUGGUUAAUGUGAUUUGUUUUUAUCUACACGUCGUUUGUACAACCUUACCUUAUACGUUCUAAGUGUAUCAAACGUCUUAUAUUUUCAGUGCCACAACUUUGUGAAAUAUACAAACACACCAUGAAGCUCUAGCUAAUGCCAAGGCUUUUACACUUUAUCGCAUUGUUAUGGAAUUUAACACAGUCCUUUUCAUUCAUUUCACGGGGAAAGGAUGGUAAUCAGAGGCAUAUAUCUCCUUUGAGGUCUUCUGUUACACCCUCGCUAGCAAAAUCACGAUAUACGACAAAAGAACCUUUACAAUGUGUAAUACGGUCGGUAAAACAAGUCGGUUCUAAUGGUUUUGACCGAGAAUUUUAUCAUAUUGUGAUUGAUAGCAUGGGCAAAUAUGCCUACACAGAUGGAGAGUAUUGUGGAAUUAUACCUCCAGGAAUUUCGGAAAAAACAAACAGAAGGCAUACUCCAAGAUCGUAUUCACUAGCCCCGUUACUUGAUGGAGACGGCGAUGACACAUCCUGUUUUUCGAUCUGCGUACGCACUACGAUUUGCAAAGAUGAUUCACCGCAUUCAAGUUCAAUGAAGGGAAUCUGUUCGACGUUUCUAUCCCGUUCGGAACCGGGCACACCCGUUAGCGUUACAGGCCCUUUCGGAAAAAAUUUAACGCUAAGCCCAGACGAUUUACACAAUAAUCUUAUAUUUGUGGCUACAGGAACUGGAAUUUCACCAUUUAGAGGAUUUCUAAGAACACUUGAGAAGAAGUCAAAAAACAAAGAUCCAAACUCCCUUGGACGAAUUUUACUAUUCUUUGGCGUCCAGAAUUACUCAACAUACAUAUAUAGAAGUGAAUUGGAAAAGUAUGUAGAUCUUUUCAAUGGAAGAUUUAUGAUAAUUCCAUGCUUUUCAAGGCAUUCAGUGGCCUCAGAAAGAGGAUAUGUCCAGGACAACAUCCUAAAAAGUAAGGAUCUAAUAGCUUCUAUGGCCGAAACUAGUAAGGAUAAAAAAUGUAGUAUUUUUAUUUGCGGUAGAAAGGGCAUGGAAGUUCCAGUAAGAGAAGCCCUCUCCACAGCAUUUGGAAACUUGCCAAAUAGAGAUAGUUUACUGAAUAAUAUAAAGAUUGAAGUUUAUCAAUGAGCUAGGAA